UCUUCGUUGGCAUUUCUUCCUCCAUUUAAGAGUCCCGGUCCUCGUGCAAUUUGGUCCGGAGUAAAUCGAACCGUUCCAUUUUCCUGGAUACUUCAUGAUCAACAGGGAUCUCAAGUUCCGGUCCUCUUAAAUAACCAAGCCCUCCAUCGCACGCAGGCGGCGGCGGCGAUUGCCAUGGAAAUUGACGAUAAUCCAGCAAGAGAAAUGAAAGACAAGGACGUCUUUAAGGCUGCCGAGUCCGGCGACUCCUCUCUAUUCAGAUCGCGUUCUCAAGACCAACUCGUCAAAACCCUCGAACUUCGCAAUGAAGACGGCCGUUCUCUUCUCCACGUCGCCGUUUCAUCGUCACAAAAAGAGGUUGUGGAAGUACUUUCAGCUGCAAAUCCAUCAGUUAUAAACUGUUCCGACGAAGAAGGAUGGGCGCCACUGCACUCUGCUGCGAGUAGUGGCAAUCUUGAAAUUGUGGAAAUUUUACUCAAUCGAGGGGCUGAUGCAAAUUUGAAAACUGCUGGCGGCCGCACGGCUCUACAUUAUGCUGCGAGCAAGGGUCGCUUAAAAAUAGCUGAAAUUUUGGUCACACACGGUGCAAAGAUCAACGUGAAGGACAAGGUGGGAUGCACCCCAUUGCACCGUGCAGCAAGUACUGGGAACGCGGAGCUCUGUGAAUUCUUGAUUGAGGAAGGAGCAGAGAUUGAUGAUGUUGAUAAAGCUGGGCAAACUCCUCUCAUGACUGCCGUGAUAUGCGAGAACAAAGAGGUAGCUCUCCUCCUCAUAAGACACGGGGCUGAUGUAGACGCCGAGGACAAAGAAGGGUACACUGUUCUCGGGCGAGCAACCCGCGAACUGCAGCCAAUUCUAAUUGAUGCUGCCAAGGCUAUGCUUGAAGGCUGAAUCACAACAUGACCAACAGUUACGGUUUCUUGUGUAGUUUUGUGCCCAUUUUAGGGCCUUCUCAACUUAAUAUUUCCAAUCUUUAUAUUGCACUUAUAAUCAUAAUUAAGUUUUUCAGUUUUACCAAAGGAAUUACAUUCUCAAAGACGCCA